AUGCUUCAACUUGCAAACAUCCUGUAUUCCAAAGGCUUCUCCAUCAUCAUAAUCCACCUUCCCUUCAACUCUCCAAAUCCUCUGAACUACCCUCACUUCACCUUCUAUUCGAUUCCCAAUGGCCUCUUGGAACACGAGCCUUCUAGUGCAGAGAUCGUGCAUUUGGUGACGGUCCUCAAUAUCAAAUGUGUUAAACCCUUUAGCGAUGGUUUGUCUCAGAUGUUGUUGGAUGUUAAGGAGGAGCCAAUUUCUUGCUUAAUUACGGAUGUCCUCUGGUACUUCACUCAAGCUCUUGCUGACAGCAUUAAGCUUCCAAGGAUUGUGCUACCGACCAUUGACAUUUCUACAUUCCUUGUUCUUGCUGCUCUUCCAAUUCUGCGAGAAAAGGGUUAUUUCGGAACCAAAGAUUUUCCACUAGAAGAACCAGUUAUAGAGACUCCCCCACUUAAAGUGAAAGAUCUUCCGGAAGUUAAAGCACAAGACCCAGAAGACUUUGAUCAUUAUGUAGCCAGAACGAUGAGUGAAAGCAAGGCCUCAUCAGGAUUCAUUUGGAACACUUUUGAAGAGCUCCAGAAAGAUUCACUUACUCGAUUAUGCCAGGACUUUCCUAUUCCCAGUUUCACAAUAGAUGGGCUUCUUUGGGCCGUUCGAUUGUCGGCUGAAGGACUAAUUGCUGUGGGUGUAGCAUGGUCAGCUGACGCAAAUUGUAAGGAAGAAGCAAUCCGGGCCGAGUGUGCUGGACAUGUGACAGACGAAAUUGGUUAG